AUGACUCCACAUUCUCCUUCACCUGUUCCGUCCGCAGUCUCCUCCGCCGCCACAUCAAUACAUUCGCAUGAUCGGGAUGGAGAUCCUUCGGUAACAAGCGCCCUAGCGGGCAUGACUCUGUCCGCGCUCCCGCACAACGGGGACGCCCUCGUCUCCCCAGCUUCCCCGGCUUCCCCGGCCCCGAAAGCUCAGAAGGCCAAAAUGACUACCCGUCUCUCGCGCAUGUUCUCCAGCACUGGGAAACAAACGCCUACUCGAGACACCGACUCUCCACGCGAACCACUCUCUGAUAGCAGCAUGGAGAGUAUAAAUCAACAUCCAAAGGACAAAUCGGCAAUGAGCAAGUCUCAGCCGGCAGCUAUGAAUCUCAAUGCAAAGGAGAAGCCCUCGUCCAAACCCUCGUCUCGUGGAAAUUCCAGACCCCCUUCGACUCGAACUCCCUCCCGACAACCUUCCCUCAAAGAUGAGCCCAAUGAAAAGGGUGCCAAGAAGAAGACUGCCGGUGGCAAGGACCAGAAAGACGGUGCCACUCCGCAUAAGCGCUUCGAGGUCCUUCCCGAGGAGCUGGGCAAUCACUCUCAUCACCUCCGAAGUGCACGACGACAGGAAAAAUUGACCGACCUCCUCCGAGACAUGCUGGGGGGUGGGAGAAAGAAGGGAGAUGAUCAGGUCGACGAGACGCAGUUGUCGCUCAUGUCGACCUGGAUCGACCAGUUCAAAACCGAGCGUGACAAGUUGGCCGCUGAUAAAAAGGGCGGUCCGAAUGCCACUGCAUCCCUGGUCGACAAAUACGGCAAAUGUCAGGAGAUCGUCGGCCGGGGCGCGUUCGGUAUCGUCCGCAUCUCGCACAAGGUCGAUCCUCAAGACUCCAAGUGUGAGCAGCUGUAUGCUGUCAAAGAGUUCCGCCGUCGUCCCCAGGAGACUGCCAAAAAGUAUCAAAAACGCUUGACCUCCGAGUUCUGUAUUUCUUCUUCUCUCCGUCACCCGAAUGUCAUCCACACUCUCGACCUGUUGCAAGAUGCAAAGGGCGAUUACUGUGAAGUCAUGGAAUACUGUGCCGGAGGUGACCUGUACACUUUGGUCCUCGCCGCCGGUAAACUGGAAGUCGCCGAAGCAGAUUGUUUCUUCAAGCAGCUAAUGCGCGGCGUCGAGUACAUGCACGAGAUGGGUGUUGCCCACCGUGAUCUCAAGCCCGAGAAUCUCCUGUUGACCACCCACGGUGCACUCAAAAUCACCGAUUUCGGCAACGGCGAGUGCUUCCGAAUGGCCUGGGAGAAGGAAGCCCAUAUGACCGCCGGGUUGUGUGGAUCCGCACCCUACAUUGCUCCUGAGGAGUACACCGAAAAGGAGUUCGACCCCCGCGCUGUCGAUCUGUGGGCCGUCGGUGUGAUCUACAUGGCCAUGCGCACGGGAAGACAUCUAUGGCGGGUCGCCCGCAAGGACGAAGAUGAGUUCUAUCAGCGAUACCUUGAAGGACGCAAACAUGAGGACGGAUAUGCGCCCAUCGAGACGCUGCAUCGGGCUCGCUGCCGCAACGUGAUCUAUUCCAUCCUGGACCCUAACCCCUCCCGCCGCAUCAACGCCUCUCAAGUCCUCAAGUCUGAGUGGGUUCGCCAGAUCAAGCUGUGCAAGGCUGGCGAGGAAGGGUUCUAA